AUGUUUUCACUUCCUGUCCCAGGAUUUCACAUCUUGCAUUUUUUAAAUUUUCUGUUCGGUUUAGACCUCUUUUCUUAAACAAUGACCAAAAAAACUUGAUUUUAUACCUGUCUAUAUAACGGAUUGCGUCCAGGGGAAUUUUCUGAUGAAGAUUCCUAGAAACCUGUUGCAUUUUCCGGGUAAAACAGGAAGCGAAAAUGUCCGCUGCCAAUCUAUGGAUUAUCGAUCGCGAAGGUCGAACUUUUCUUGUAAAUCUUCGAGACAAUUCAUGGACAGAGGUAUCCACGCCAGAGUUGGGAUCUCGAAACUGUUUUAAGCGCGUCUCUGCAGUUCCACAAUGUGCCUGGGCGAUCAACGCUAAUCAACAACCUUGUUUGUACGUUCAUUCAACCGAGGUCGCCAUUCGUGUACGCGUGGAAACAUGGGAAAACCAGCGAUGGGGUUUUAUGAAUGGAUGGUCUGAGAAAUCGAGAUUCAGCUCUGACCGAUGGGGCUUCAGCAGUGAAGAUGGUCGAACACACUUACCCAAAGAAGACUACAGGGUUCCCUCUGAUUACUGGGUGUGGGAAGGAGACUGGUACAUUGACAGAAGCAUCCAAGGGGAUAUAGAGGGCUGGCAGUAUGCUAUUGACUUCCCAAGAAAGUACUACUCUGAGCAGUCCAGAUCAUCUUGUGUGCGACGCAGGUGCUGGGCCAGAUACUGCAAAUUUGACGGCUUUGACAGAUGGUUGUUGAUACCUGGGAUAAGUGAAGACCCUAUAAAAGAGCCCUUUCAGGACCUUGCCAUUGGUGGGUCUGCUAUUCCUGGUGUAGAUCCCAGCUACUUGGCCGUUUGGGCAGUGACUUUUCAUGGAAAGGUUGUGCAUAGAACAGGUAUAAAGGACACCAACCCUGAAGGUGACAAGUGGAUACAAGUGGCUUCUCCUCCAGGCUCCAUCAUUCAGCUGUCAGUCAGUCGGACAGGGGCUGUCUGGGGGAUCACAUGGGAGGGGCUUGCUGUUGUGCGCACUGGCAUCACCUAUGAUAACUUGACAGGAAGCGACUGGGCACAAGUUAGUCCGCCAUCCAUCUCUACAAACCCUGAGGCAAACCAACUGCUGCAGGUAUCCGCAGGGGUGAACAGCAUCUGGGGCCUCACCAAGGAUGGGCAGGUGUGGUUCAGAAAAGGAGUGAAUACUGGGUCCGCUGGUAGCUCUACUAAGGACACUACUGGCUCAUCCUGGAUUCAGAUGGUGGGCCGGUUCCUGCUAAUAGCUGUGGCACCAAAUGAUCAGGUAUUUGCUUUGAGUACCUGUGGGGAUCAUCUCUACUUCAGGACUGACGUAAAACCAGAUGAGCUUAGUGGUCGUCAGUGGAGGAUCAUCAAGACAAGUAGAUCCCAUGAUAUUGAUAGCAGCACAUCUACUGUCAGCUCACUAGACAGCCAGGAUUCUGAUGAAGGUUAUGGCGGAAGUCCUCGUCACUCUACCCUUCCUCGCAACAUCGAGUUUCUCACGUGGGUUGCCUGUGGUGCGUGUGACGUAGACGCCUCGUUUUUCAACGAUAACCACCGCGGACUCCUGUCCUCGGUAAGCAGCAUGAGCAUCAGCAACCUGGCCUUCCGUGACGCGGCGUGGAGGAAUGACGUGCUUGUGGCGCUGAGGUCACGUGAUCUUAAGGAAGUCAACGCUUUUGAGUCGUACGAGGAAGCUGUGUCGCAGGGCUCUUGGUCAAAGAAGAUCCGUUGCCAGAUGCUUGUGGACGCCAAUUUCAACUUGUGGUGCGACUGCGUGAUCAAGCUCGACCAAGGCUGCAAGGAACGCCACGGUGCACUGCUCUGUUAUUACGAGAAGACAUCAAGCCACCUCACGUACGGCGAAAUGAGGAUCCCUCUAAACGAGAUCAAAUGUGUCUGCAUCGUCUCAAAAUUGGCACGCAGCAACUGCUUCGCGGUACAUACCCCGGUCCGCACAUUCGAGCGAAACCCGCUUGUCAUAGCUAUGGGGUCAGAAAAGGACCUCAAUGACUGGGUAACAACCCUUUCUACUUCUUCCGCUAGGGCCAAUAGCAGUGAAGGGCCCGCUCCUUAUAAGGCGCUAUGGGCUAUUACGUCAUGCGGGGACGUGUUCGUAAGCCACGCCCCCGUGUCUGAGGCGGAACAGCCUAGUCAUCAAUUUUGGCACCAAAUCGGUGGUCAUUUGCGCCAUGUCGAGGCUGGAGUUAGCGGAGUCGUGUGGGGGAUUGGGUUCGAUGGCGUGCCGUAUGUGUACUCUGGGGGAUACGGUGGGGGGAUUUUUCCCGGAUUCGCUAGUAGCACCUCCUGUAUUUAUAAUCAAGAGGAUUGUGACAUACAUUAUAUCUACGAGAACCAGCGCUGGAAUCCUAUAGAGGGGUUCUCCGACAGGCGUCUUCCGAGUGACCGUUGGGUGUGGAGCGACAAGAGCGGUGUCUACGAGCGCACGAAGGAGGGAUAUACAUUACCCUCCAGUCAGUGGCACUGGACCAACCAAUGGCAGGUUGACACGCGUCCGGGGAUAACCGACAAGGAGGGCUGGCAGUACGCGGUGGACUUCCCGAGGCAGUACCACCCGGAGAAGUUUUUGAAUGACUUCGUGAGAAGAAGGAAGUGGAAAAGGCGAUGUAAGCUGACAACAAGUGGCCCUUGGCUUCCAGUGACUCCAUCUGUCAAGCUAAGAGAUGUGACGGUCCAGAUUAAGCCCCUGAAGAAACCUAACGAGUGUGUGUCUGUUUGGGUGGUCGGUAGCAAGGGAGAUGUACUCUACAGACACGGGGUCACCAACGAAUGUCCACAGGGCAAGUCGUGGGAGCACGUGAUCACAGAUGUCCCAUUUGUUAGUAUUUCCAUUGGGGGCAAGGGGCAUGUCUGGGGCGUUGCCGAGGAUGGUACUGCCUACUUUCGGGCAGGAUUCGAAGAGAACAAGAUUACAGGGGCCCGGUGGUUUCAUAUCAGCGAGCGUCCGCCAUUACUCGUACAAGUCUCCGCUGGAGCUUCGUCAGUGUGGGCUCGCGAUAAAGAUGGGACGAUAUGGUUUCGAGUUAACGUGACGGACACUUUUCCGGAGGGCACGGCAUGGAAGCUCCAACAGGGCAUUGUGUCGCACAUCUCUGCGGGCCCCAAGGACCAAGUUUACAUGUGUCACGCGGGAUCCAUCGAGAAGCGUUACAAAGUCACGCAAGAUAACCCCAUUGGGGUUGGGUGGGAAAUUACGUUGCCGGACCACUGGUGGAAUGUCUGUUGCCGUGGGGACCCUCCAGAUGUCCUAAGUGAAGUAGACGAAGGGGAGGAGGUGGCAGAAAGCCCUCUCCUCUUGAAGGUCGACUCCCUGCAAAACAAGUUAGACCUGAGUAACAUAGAUAUUUAUAGCUCCUAUAGUGAAGACACGGUGGAAAUGAGUUUCUCCGACGAUGACUUUGACAGUGCAACAGCUGUGCGUGUCUGAUGCCAAGUCUACUAAAGGCCAUGUCACACGAGGAAAUUGGUCCUGUAAUUUGCACUUCAGGGCCCGUCCACACUAACACGGAUUCGUUUGGAUUCGUAUACUUUUUGAUACGUUUAGGCCUUCCGUCCACACUUACACGCGCGCUGGAUCCAGCGAAUCCGGAUACUUUUGAAUCCGUGUUAUUGUGGUCGACCCCUUCAAUUUUUGUUGCGUUGCGAGCUACAAGAACGUGAUUCGUGUAGCGCGUGCAAAGCAAAGCGCAUGCAACAAUUGUCGUCUGUGAAGGGCUUGGCGGCUCAGCGGGCGCCCGCACCUUUUAAAUGCUAGAAUGACAAAAUGACGGCUAACAGCCACUUUUCAGGCUUGAAGCAAAUGGUACAUCUCGUGGUAUUUUUAUAUAUACUCAAAAGAGAUUUAUGAUCGAAGGAGUAAUAAUGCACCAAUAUUGAGACGGUGUCUCAAUAGUUUUAAUAGUUUUCAUAUGUCAUAAAUUAGCGAAUUAUUUACAAUCAAACAUUUAUAUAGAUAGCAGAAUGAAUUUGGAUUUUAUUACUUAUACCUUUUCGCCUUUUCAUUAAAGAGCUAAACGUA